AGUUGUCGGAACCGCCAUCUUGAAAAGUGCCCUCUGAUGAUCUACCUUUUCGCGCCUGUCAGAAUCACUUUUAAACGCCUUUUUCCCCCACUGGGGUUCCAUGUUGGCUCAGCGCUCGUCUUCUAAAGGCACGGAGCUAAUGGCAAGAUAAGCCGCAUGCUGGAGACUUUCCGUUUAUCGUUGUCUAUCGGUGUGUGCUGUUGAACUGCUGUAUGUGUGCGGUUUGUCAGUCUGUCUCUCACCGCUGUCUGCCUGCCUGUCCAAUCCGGCUAGCCUGUAAUGGGCCACAACUUCGAAAGACUAAAACACACCUACUUUAACCUGAGCUCCUCCAUCUGGACUCCAACAUUCACACAGAGCCAAGAUGUUUUGGAAGUUUGACCUCCACACCACAUCCCACAUUGACACAUUGCUAGAGAAGGAGGAUGUGACGCUUACAGAGGUGAUGGAUGAGGAUGACGUCCUGCAGGAGUGCAAGGCCCAGAACCACAAAUUGGUGGACUUCCUGCUGAGACCACAGUGCAUGGAGGACCUGGUCACCUACAUCACACAGGAACCCAACACUGAAGUUGAAGAGAAGGUUAAAUACAAGUAUCCUAACAUAUCAUGUGAGCUGCUUACGUCAGAUGUUGGCCAGAUAAAUGACAGACUUGGAGAAGAUGAAAAACUGCUGAUGAAACUUUACGGCUUCCUUCAAAAUGACCCACCUCUUAACCCGCUCCUCGCAAGCUUCUUCUCCAAGGUCCUCUCCAUUCUUAUUGGACGUAAGCCUGAACAGAUCGUCGAUUUUCUACGAAAGCAGGAAGAUUUUGUUGACCUGAUGAUCAAACACAUCGGGACAUCAGCCAUCAUGGACCUGCUACUUAGAAUGCUCACCUGCAUUGAACCACAACAGCUCCGACAGGAUGUUCUCAACUGGCUAAAUGAGGAGAAGGUGAUCCAGAGGUUGGUGGACAUGGUGCAGCCUUCUCAAGAUGAGGAUAGACACUCCAAUGCCUCCCAGUCACUGUGUGAGAUCAUCAGACUGAGCAGAGAUCAGAUGUUCCAGGUUCAGGGUUGCUCAGAGCCUGACCCACUUCUGGCCACACUUGAAAAACAGGAGACGGUGGAGCAGUUGUUGUCUAAUAUCUUUGACAAGGAGAAGAAUGAAUCUGCAAUCGUCAGUGUUAUCCAGAUCCUUCUUACACUGUUUGAAACCAGGAGACCAGCGUUUGAGGGUCAUAUGGAUUGCCCCCCAGGGAUGUCCCAUCCUUCAUUUUCAGUCAACCACAGCAUCCUGGAGGCUGUGAGACCCCGUCUCAAAGACUUUCACCAGCUGCUACUGGAACCCCCAAAGAAGAAUGUGAUGAAAACAACGUGGGGGGUGCUGGAUCCUCCAGUGGGCAACACCAGACUCCAUGUUGUCAGACUGGUGGCCAGUCUGCUGCAGAGCAACACACACAGCAUCAACACAGAACUCAUUAACCUCAACACACUGGGAGUCAUACUAGACAUGUAUUUCAAAUACAUCUGGAACAACUUCCUCCACAUUCAGGUUGAAAUCUGUACAGCUAUGAUUCUCGCUAUGCCCCCCGCCCCAAGUGACAUCCAGCCAGAUACAGAGCAGGAACAUGCAAGGGAGAGCAUCCUCAUCAAACAUCUGUUUCAAAAGUGCCAGUUUAUUCAGAGAAUCCUAGAUGCCUGGGGCUCCAAUGAGAAAGAACAGACGGAAGGUGGUCGGCGACAAGGCUACAUGGGUCACCUGACUAGAAUAGCCAAUUCUAUAGUUCAUAACUGUGACAAAGGCCCUAAUGGACUGCAGAUACAACAGCUCAUCUCAGAGCUCCCAGUAGAGGACAGAGCGAAAUGGGAGGCCUUUAUUUCUGGGCAGCUGGCUGACACAAACAAGAGAAACACUGUCGACCUGGUAAACACACACCACAUACAUUCUUCCAGUGAUGACGAGGUGGACUUUAAAGACAGUGGCUUUCACCAGGACUCCUCUCUACAACAAGCCUUUUCUGAUUAUCAGAUGCAACAAAUGACGUCCAAUUUUAUUGAGCAGUUCGGCUUCAAUGAUGAAGAGUUUGCUGAUCAGGACGAUGUGGUGGAUAUUCCCUUUGAUAGAAUAUCAGACAUCAAUUUUUCACUGAAUACAAAUGAAAGUGCAAACAUAGCUUUGUUUGAGGCUCGCUGUAAAGAGAAAAUACAGCAAUUUGAAGAUGCCGGUUCAGAUGAGGAAGACAUCUGGGAUGAAAAGGAUGUCACCUUUGCACCAGAGGCACAGAGACGCCCCAGGAGCUCAGGUAGCACAGACAGUGAGGAGAGCACAGAUUCAGAGGAGGAGGAUGGAAAGAGAGCUCCAUUUGAAACAUCCAAUCCCAUCACUGAUGACAGAAUGGAAGUUGACACAGGGCCAGUGUGGACAGCCAACUUUGAUGACAUCCCCAUGGACACGGGUACAUCCACAGCUCCAGCCUCCAGUCCCAGUGACCCUGCUGACUCCUCUCCUUUGUCCUCUUCCUCCACCACAAUGACUGAAGUUCUUUCUGGGGAAGCAUGGAGCACCUCUUCUACUCCCACCUCCAAUUCUGAAACUGGCUGGGCAGAUUUCUCCAACUUUACCCCUGUUAGCCCAAAAGACCCACUAAGAUGCAACUCUCCUGUUGCUAUGGAAACCAGCAUAGAGACAAUGGACCCUCUUGGGGUCAAUGCCCCCAUUCAGCCUGAAGAAAGUGAUGGCUGGUUGGGAACCAGUGUGGCUUCUCCCUCUCCCACCUCACCUAAGGAUUGUGGGAAAUCUAAAGCAGAGGAGGAAACCACCUGUUGUGAGCAGCGCAGCAUUACAGAGACGGUCAUCAAUGGCUCCAUGAAAGAAACAGUCAGCCUCACUGUUGACGCCAAGACUGAGACCGCCGUCUUCAAGAGAGUGUUGAAAUCUUAUCGUGAUGAAGAGAAGAGUGCUUCUUCAGAGAAAUACUCAGUAGUGGAGUGUGUGGAUUUGGAAAGAACAGGCUUUAACUCCUCUGCUGCUGCCUGCUGUCCCAAAACAGGCAGUGAUAAGUGUCGGUCCACUGCAGAGAUUCCCAAUGGUCCUCUAGAGGGAAUGGCAGCCAUAGAGGAAGCCAAAAUAGACCAGAGUGCUGUGUCUUCCGAGCCAGCUGUGAAUGGGCCAGCAUGAGGGUCGUCUAUUGCCAGCCAAUGGCCAGCCAAUGGCGCCAGCCUGUUCUGCCACGCAGGGCCCUCCUGCUGGCUAACCAGCAGAGGCCACUGUUCAGAGCUCUACCAAUCACAUGCUCCACCAGGACCAGCAAUACUCUUAUCGGCUCAUCAAUGACAGUCACAGACAGGUGUACAGACACAGGAUGAACUGAAGAGCAAAAUAAGAGACAAAUUCAAAUGGAUACUAGGUUCUUUUCUGCUUUUGUUUAUAUACUAUUGUUCUUAUGAGGUGAUAUCUGACUGAUAUCUUGCCACUCAAAAUUAAAUAGUAAUGUUGCUAUAGUUUAAAGAAAUGAUUGUAUGAAUAAAAUAUUUUAUAAAAAGACAAAUGUAUACAGAAACAUAAGAUGAAUUACCAGAGAAACGGGAAUAGCACAUUGGUGACCAAAGCAACUAUAAAGCUGUUGUUAGUAGAUCGAUCUGUUCUCCUGCACAGAAGCCAGACACAACAGUUGCUUUAUUUAUAACUUGCCCACCAUUGGUCUUUCUCUGAGCAAAGCUGCUCCUUCCAAUUGAAAAAAACGUUUUAAUUACCACACCGUUUUAUUUUGCUGCAGAUCUUCUUGGUAAAUGUUUUCACAUGUAUUCUUCUGCAUUGAGUAAGCCAAGCUUUUUGGUAUUUUUUAUUUAUUUAUUAUGGAAGUAAAAUUAUGGUUAUGUAUUGAUACUUGAGAGCCAUACAAACACUCGCUCCCCUUCUAGUGAGCUGUAUUUAUGCUAACUGGGUUCCUACCUCAUAGCUAGAAUGCUCAGCAGGAGAGAAGCAGUUUGUUGUCAGCUGUUGUGGGAGCUGUAAAUGCUUGCUGAGGUUGAUGUUUUAGCUACAGUCCCCUCUCUUUGGCCCAGCACUCUUGAUUAUUUUAUUUUUUCAAAUUAUUUUUAGACCAAUAGUUUCUCUGAGCGUCUUCAUUUUAUAUUACCCUUACAUUUAGAACAUUUAAUUGUAGGAUGACGACACUCUGCAAAACGGUAAUUUCUUACCAGACAUAACUUACUUGUCAAAGGGACAUGACAUAAUAAGAAAAGUCAAUUUGAUUCAGUUUGUGUUAAGAGAUUAAUGUUUUGGAAAGGCUGCUCCAGGCAGCAGUGUCACAUACUUGCACUGCAUUCAGGCUGACAACUCUGGAGAAAGCGUUUUCACAGGCCCGUAAGCGCAAGAGCCCUUCCGGGUCCCUUACGUGCUUACGGGCGUCGCCCCAUUUUUCAAAAAUUUACGGCAAGGCUGUGAUUGGUCUGCUCUACAUCCCUUCUGGAGCUGCAUUUCCGGUUUAAUGCCCCAUAAUACAUGGACAAUUGUUGUUCGGUUGGAAUCGUGAAUACACUCUCUGCCAUGGUUCACCGUGUGUUUGUAAUGGAGAACACGACUGGUAGAAGGUAAAGAAACAGUCAACAACGAUUGCCACACCCACAAAGAAGGCGUCUCUCAGGUCGUCUUCGACAAAAAGCAUUACUCCGCCUAGUGUUCUGGCGCGGAAUUGCUUUGUAAGACGCGCAACAGUUGGGGAAGCAGGAAUGACAACGAGUCUUGCGCCACAGCGUCGUGAAAAGACGCAGACGCAGUCGCAGAAGCAUGUUUCAGGCUUAACACACCAGAGCAGAGAAGCUGAACCAUUUACUAUUUUGACCAAUCAAAAUAGAGCCAGCCAACAUUCCACGUAGAUUAGGUGACUGGUAAAAUGUUACUGUUCACCCUUGUUAAAAAGGAGGAUUCAAAAUCCUUCCUAUAAAAUUGUGUCUGGUGUUUUGGUGUCUGAUAUGCCUUCAACAGUUUGAAUUAAUUACUCAAACUGCCUGCAUUAUCUUAAUUCUCAGCAGUAACCAAAGUAAAAUAUCCUCUCCAAUGUAGACCUUUGUGCAGUGAUGGUUCAUCUUUGAAGUCCAUUUUGAGUAAAGCAUCUUUCAGAGUGCUCUUGUCAAAAUAAACGCAGCUUUGGUCCUUCCUCCACUAAAAAUCAACUUUAAUGAGACUUUGUAAUGAUUGACUUAGUUUUCAAAUUUCAAACUUGCUGUGGUUUCAGACAAACUCUAGUUGCCUCUGUAUAUAUGGCCUUUUAGCUUUGGUUUGGUCGCCACCAACCCCUGAGCAAAAUGUCUGUCUGGCUUUUGAGGUGCUAUAUGCUUAACCUUUUUAAUAUUAUACAUAUAUGACCAACUUUUGCAUUUGACCAACUGUUGGCGAAAUGGAACAUGAGCUAGUCUUGAAAUAUGUUUAAGCAUUACGGCUGAAUAUUACAUGAGGUUAACAGAGCCUGACAAAGGCCAGUUACCAGAGCAUCUACAAGCAGCUGGGAUGAAAUUAAGGCUGCCUUGUUUCUACAGAACCCUAUCUCCACUUCAAAUGUGUUCUCCCUAGAAUCUUGGGAUUCAGUGUUUGGCAUUUGAUUGAAAAAUAAACUAGUUUUGUAA